AAAGAAAUCUUUAAUUUUCAGUUCUCAUCAUAUAUAUAAAACGAUUCAAGUUCAACAAAAUCCAACCAUGAAUCUUUCAUUCUCAGCCUUAUCAUCAGCUUAAUCAUCAUCUGCAAUUCUUCCACUGUCAAACAAACGAAUAUCAUCAAGGCCUGCGAGGGUUUCUGUGAUUUCAUGUUCUUCUUCUUCUUCUGCCUCAACCAUCACCAUGAAUACUGAGAAGACCUGCAACUUCUACAAGCUUCUGUCUUUGAGCUCAGAGGCCGCAACCAUGACCGAGAUCAAGCAGGCCUACCGGUCCAUGGCGCUCCGGUACCACCCCGAUGUGUGCCGGCACACCUCGGAAAGAGAGGAGUGGACGAGGCUGUUUGUGCAGCUUAAUGCUGCGUAUGAGACCCUGUCGAAUCCCCAACUUCGUGAAGAGUAUGACUACAAUGUUCUGGGAUUGAGAAGGAAGACGGCCGCGGCGGCCGCGGCGGCGAGUGAUGAGGUCAGUUUGAGAAAGAGUAGGUGUGAGGACCAAAAGAGAAGGUCUAACAGAAGUUCCAUGAGAACACAAAGAAUGAAACACCGCAAUUGAUUCAUUUCUUACCACGGAUUAUUAUUUUCAAACUGCAGAUAAUUUAAUGCUUGUUAAUUCUCUGUAACUAUCAUUCAUCUGUUAGGUACAUAAUUGUCAAUUCAUAUAUAU